AUGGCACGUGACGCGGGAAUGGAUGGGCUACCCGCAUGUGAUGUGCAUACUCCCUUCCGCACAUACUCCCUUCCUCACAUCCUACCAUCCUCACAUCUCCCUUCCUCUCAUCCUCCCUACCUCUCAUCCCUCCUUCCUCUCAUCCUCCCUACCUCUCAUCCCCCCUUCCUCUCAUCCUCCCUUCCUCACAUCGCCCUUCCUCUCAUCCUCCCUACCUCUCAUCCCCUCUUCCUCUCAUUCUCCCUUCCUAUCGUCUUCCCACCCUCUCGUCCGCCCUUCCUCUCAUCCUCCCUUUCUCUCAUCCUCCCUUCCUCUCAUCCUCCCUUCCUCUCAUCUUCCCUUCCUCUCAUCCUCCUGCCCUCUCAUCCUCCCUUCCUCUCAUCCUCCCUUUCUCUCAUCCUCCCGUAG